AGAACACCCAAGACACUUUUUAUAGCAUAAGUAUUUAGAACAAAAUUUUUGGGUGGAGUUUUUAUUAUAACUGAAAUAUACUAAGCCAGAGAGAUCAGAUCUGCAAAAAGGUAUGCAUAAAAAUAUACUAAAGAGCACAUGUGACGCAGGCUGUGGACGUUCUAUGCAUUACUAGAUUGAUUUUGAAGAGAAAUACAGUAACUCUGUGUAAUCAAAAGGCAAAAUAGACAUAAGGGAGCAAAAUGGCUAAGACCAAUCCUAUGAAGAAAGACAUACAAGAAGCCCUGCUGAAAAUGAUAAUAAAAACCUGAGAGAAAUUCUUGAUGAAAAGGAUUGCCCCAGUGACAUUAUACUUUGGUGUUUUGAAGAGGAAAUCAAUGUAAGCACUGAUACAUUGAAAUUUUUGGUUGACCAUGGGGCAGAUGUUAAUGCUUAUGCUAUUGAGGAUAACCUUAGGAGAAAACAUGAUAGGGCAGUUGAUCUGCAAGAAGGGUGCAAAAAACCUACUUUAAUGUAUGCUGCAAAGGAAGAUGAUAUUGAGAAGUUAGAAUUCCUUAUUGAAAAUGGCGCUGAUGUUAAUAAACCUCUGGAUAAUUUCACCGUAUUACAAUAUGCAAUGGACAACAGUAAAAAAGGAUGUUUUGAAGUAUGGUCAACAUAUGGGGCUGAAUAUGACAUAGUUUAUGUGAAAGAUCAAACAAGAGGGAAGUAUCUAUUGAUAUUCAGAAGUUCAGAAGAUUCUGAUGAGUCAUUAAUGAAAGCUGCCAGAGAGCCUUCUCCAGUUCGCCAUGACACAGAUUACACUCAAUUGAUGUUGGCUGCAAGAAUGAAUGAUGUCAAAUGGGCAAAAGAACUGAUUAACUCUGGAGAAGAUGUAAAUGCUGCCACACAAGAAGGAAAGACUGCCAUGAAGCUUGCAGUUAUGAAUGAUUCCGCAGAAUGCUGUAAAGUGUUAAUUGACAAUGGUGUAGAUAUAACUAAUGUAAAUGACUACCUCAGGUUGGCAUUAGACCACAGCAGUGUUAGAUGUACUCGGCUAUUCUUGGAUAAAGGCGCAAAUGUGAAUGAACAGGCUGAAAAUGUUACUCCUUUGGUAUUAGCUAUUAAACAGAAUGACAAUGAGUGGGCAAAAGAUCUCCUUGAAAGAGGAGCUGAUGUUAAUGCUAAAGUUAUGUAUGUACAAAUGUAUAUGCAAUUUAUGCAAAAGACACCUCUAAUGUUUGCAGCUGAGAGACAAAAUCUAAACUUUGUGCAACUUCUGAUUGAUCAUGGUGCUGAUGUUAACAUGAAGACACAUGAGCAUGGAGAAACUGUACUUGAUAAAAUCAUAGAGGCUUCAACAUUUUCUAUUCAUGAUGUAGAAAGAAGGAAAAGGUUGAGAGAAAUAUAUUGUGUUCUUGUGGCACAUGGAGCUAGAUGUGCUAACACCACCACUGAUGAAAAUGUCCGAGCAAUGGAUCCUGCUCAUUUCAUUGAGCCCCCAAGUCUCCAGCGUCAAGCAAGGGAUUCAAUAUACACAUUAACAAAAGGGAUGACUGGUGUCUCCUAUUCAGCUGUUAUAGAUUCCCUUAUCAAAGAUGGAUACCUACCUGCCAAGUUGAAGCCAUUCAUGAUGCGCGAGGAUGAUAUACAAAUCAUAUCUCCAGCUUUACAAGACUUAAAGCCACAUCAACAAUUUCCACAAAUAGUGAUCCUCUAA